AGCUGACCGACAUGUCCACCAGCACUGUGUUUGCUCUCAAGGUGGUGCCGCGAGGUGGGGCCCGGGGUCUGCGCCCCUUUGGGAAGGUGGAGCAAGAGAUCGCCCUGCACAGCCGCCUGAGACACCGCAAUAUUGUGGCCUUCCACGGACACUUUGCUGACCGUGACCACGUAUACAUGGUGCUGGAGUACUGCAGCCGAAAGUCGCUGGCCCAUGUGCUGGAGGUGCGGCAGACGCUGACAGAGCCUGAGGUACGCUACUACCUGAGGGGCCUGGUCAGUGGCCUGCACUACCUGCACCAGCAGCGUAUUGUACACCGAGACCUAAAGCUCAGUAACUUUUUCCUGAAUAAGAAUAUGGAGGUGAAGAUCGGGGACCUGGGGCUGGCUGCCAGGGUGGGACCAGGGGGCCGGUGCCACAGAGUGCUCUGUGGGACCCCAAACUUCCUGGCCCCAGAGGUUGUCUCCAGGAAUGGGCACUCCUGCCAGUCAGACAUCUGGGCUCUGGGCUGCAUCAUGUACAUGGUGCUGACUGGUGACCCUCCCUUCACGGUGGCUCCCCUGUCAGAGAUGUAUCAAAAUAUCCGAGAUGGCCGUUACCCUGAGCCUGCCCACUUGUCGCCCAAUGCCUGUCGCCUCAUUGCCCGCCUGCUGGCACCCAACCCAGCCGAGCGGCCCAGCCUGGACCACCUACUGCAGGACAACUUCUUCACACAGGGUUUCACUCCGGACCGGCUGCCACCCCACUCCUGCCACAGCCCACCCAUUUUUGCCAUUCCUCAGCCUCUGGGCAGGCUUUUCCGGAAGGUGGGCCAGCUGCUAAUGAGCCAGUGCCAGCUACCCUGCCCCGUCGCUCCCGGCGAGGCCUCAUGUCCAGGAGAAGAUGAUCUUGACCCUGACUCCAUGGAGUGGGGCAGUGAGGCCUCCCUGUUGGAGAAAGGGGCUCCCCGACCUGAGGUCCCUGUCCACCUGCUCACCCAAGGGACCCUCCAGAGUGACCAGGCUGGGCUCGAGGGGACCCCAAGGCAGGAGGUGGAGGAGGCCAUUAGAAACCUACAGCUCUGCCUGAACCCUGGACCUCCAGCCAUGCAGGACCCUCCAAGAGAGCAGUGCUCCAUCCUCUGGGCCCCCAAGUGGGUGGAUUAUUCCAGCAAGUACGGCUUCGGCUACCAGCUGUCGGAUGGGGGCAGCGGUCGGUGUCUUGUUUCGGGAUGGCACCCACAUGGCCCUGCGCCCCCCAGGGGGGAGGGGGGCCUGCCUGUGCCCACCCAAUCUGCCAGCCCCAGCCUCUGCCUGCUGCGCUUCCUUGCAUCCCAGCAGGCCCUGCUGCUGUUCUUCAGUGAUGGGACAGUGCAGGUCAGCUGUACUGGAGACCAGGUUCAACUGGUGCUGAGUGGGGGGGGUGAAGAGUUGCUGCUCACGGUCUGGGAACGGGGCCAGACUGGUGCCUCCUACACGCUGGGGAUCCUGCAGAGCCAAGGCUGUCCCCCAGCUGCUCGCCAGCACCUGCAUCAUGCUCUCUGCAUGCUGCAGAGCAUCUAGCGCCCCCAAGGGUCAGAGUGGACCUCUGCAUGUUAAUGCUAGGGACCCAGGAUCCAUUUUUGCUUCUGUUCCUCCAGAGGGGAUGCCCUUGGGGCCAGCUGGGGGAGCUUGCAGGUGCAUGGGAGGCGGGGGGUCUUUGCCUCAUGGAAUGACUCUUCAACCCAGACUUUUGUUCAGCUUUGUUCUUUUUUCAUUAAAGAAAACUUGACACUGA